AUGACGUCUCCUAAGAUUCCUGAUUACGAUGCCAUCGUCGUUGGCGCUGGAUUCAGUGGAAUUCGGUCGUUAUGGGAACUUGGUCAGCUUGGCCUGACCGCGAAGUGUUUCGAGGCUGGAUCCGAUGUUGGUGGUGCAUGGUACUGGAAUCGCUAUCCUGGAGCCCGAACAGAUAGCGAAGCAUGGGUCUAUGUGAUGAAUUUCGCACCGGGGCUGGGAGACGUAUGGAAUUACAGUGAACGCUACCCUACCCAACAAGAGGUUCAGCGUUACUUAGGUAGUGUUGUUGACCGCUUCAAUCUGCGUAAGAAGAUCGAUUUUGAUACACGUAUUAAGGCUGCACAUUACAGUGAUAGCGAGAAUAUCUGGACAAUCAGUACCGCAGCUGGGUUAUCUACGACGUGCCGCUACUUCCUGGCCGCUUCUGGACCUUUGUCAAUUGCAAAGACUCCACCUUUUGCCGGGCUCAAAUCAUAUACUGGUGAGUGGUACCAGACGUCCAACUGGCCCACACAUCCGGUCGAUUUCCAUGGCAAGCGUGUCGCUAUUAUUGGAACUGGUGCCACAGGAGUCCAGAUCAUCCCAAAGCUUGCUCAUGUAGCAAAAGAAUUGACGGUAUUCCAACGAACACCGAAUUAUGUGCUUCCUGGUCGAAACUACAUUAUCGAUGAGAAUGAGGCUGCCGAAAUUAAGCAGGACUAUGAUGCUACAUGGCAUCGUGCAAGCACGCACACUUCUGGUCUGAAAAUGACAAAACCAGGGAGAACGGUUCAGAGCGUGGCAGACCCUGAUAAAAUCAAGCAAAUCUUUGAUGCGGGAUGGGAAACUGGCGGCUUCCACUUUCAGUUCGAGACCUUUGACGAGCUUUUCACGAAUCAGGAAGCUAAUAACAUUGCCUCUGCAUACGUUCGUCAAAAGAUUAGCGCCAUUGUACAAGACCCAGACACGGCAAGGAUCCUCUCUCCAAAACACCCCUUUCUUUCUAAGCGUCCGCCGUGUGGGCACUUCUACUACGAAGCAUUCAAUCGACCCAAUGUCAAGCUGGUUGAUAUAAGUCGAGACGACAUUGAUCUUUACGAAAAGGGCAUUCGCACCAGUUCUGGGAAUGAAUACGAAUUCGACAUUAUCAUUUUCGCUUUAGGAUUCGAUGCCGCCACCGGCGCACUUGAUGAAAUAGACGUGAAAGGCAGUCAAGAUAAAUCGUUAAAAGACUUUUGGGGAAAGAAGCUCGAAACAUUCGCCGGGGUCCUUGUCCCUGGAUUUCCCAACAUGUUUUUGGUUUGUGGCCCACACAUUCCUUUUGGAAAUAUGCCAGUUGUCUUGGAGAUAGGAGUGAACUGGAUCGGCAAAACUCUUCGUCAUAUGGAGAAGAACAAGCUCGCAAAGAUCGACGUGUCUGAGACUGCGUGGAUGCCUGGUCGUCUCACCUCACCGGGGAAUUCAGGGCCACGUUAUUUGCGGAAUCUGCUACUUCAACGCGCGCAUGCUUGGACUGCUUGGCUCGAAAAGGAGAUCAACACGUCGUGGGCAAGCAUGGUAUUCCCCCCUCUCGCAGACACAGACAAGGCGGGCGAAUAUAUCAGGACCGACUCACAAAGCCAAACAGCGAUCAAAUCAGCUGCGUAA